AUGGCUUCCACCGACUCCAUCCUUCAGGGCGUCUCCGUCCUCGGCAAGGUCGACGAUGUCCACCGCAAGAUCCUCACCCCCGAGGCCCUCGCCUUCCUCGCCCUCCUGCACCGCUCCUUCAACGGCCGACGCAAGGCCCUCCUCGAGCGCCGCAAGGUCCGCCAGGCCGAGCUUGACCGGGGUGUUCUGCCCGACUUCCUCCCCGAGACCAAGCACAUCCGUGAGAACCCCACAUGGAAGGGAGCUCCCCCGGCCCCGGGUCUGGUCGACCGCCGCGUCGAGAUCACCGGCCCCACCGACCGCAAGAUGGUCGUCAACGCCUUGAACGCCGACGUCUACACUUACAUGGCCGAUUUCGAGGAUUCCAGCGCCCCCACAUGGGACAACAUGAUCAACGGCCAGGUCAACCUCUACGAUGCCAACCGUCGUCAGGUCGACUUCAAGCAGGGCCCCAAGGAGUACAAGCUCCGCACCGACCGCAAACUCCCUACCCUCAUUGUCCGUCCCCGUGGCUGGCAUCUCGAGGAGAAGCAUCUCACCGUUGAUGGCGAGCCCAUCUCUGGUUCCCUCUUCGACUUUGGUCUCUACUUCUUCCACAAUGCUAUCGAGACCCAGCGCCAGGGCUUCGGUCCUUACUUCUACCUCCCCAAGAUGGAGAGCCACCUCGAGGCCCGUCUCUGGAACGACGCCUUCAACCUUGCCCAGGACUACAUUGGCAUCCCCCGCGGCAUCAUCCGUGGUACCGUCCUGAUCGAGACCAUCCUUGCUGCCUUUGAGAUGGACGAGAUCAUCUACGAGCUCCGCGACCACAGCUCUGGUCUCAACUGCGGUCGAUGGGACUACAUCUUCAGCGUCAUCAAGAAGUUCCGCAACAACGCCAACUUUGUCCUCCCCGACCGAUCCGCCGUCACCAUGACUGUCCCCUUCAUGGACGCCUACGUCAAGCUCCUCAUCCAGACCUGCCACAAGCGUGGUGUCCACGCCAUGGGUGGCAUGGCUGCUCAGAUCCCUAUCAAGAACGACCCUGCCGCCAACGACAAGGCCAUGGAGGGCGUCCGCGCCGACAAGCUCCGCGAGGUCCGCGCUGGCCACGACGGUACCUGGGUUGCCCACCCUGCUCUCGCCAGCAUCGCCACCGAGAUCUUCAACAAGCACAUGCCUACUCCUAACCAGCACUUUGUGCGACGUGAGGACGUCACCAUUGGCCAGAACGAUCUGCUCAACAUGAACGUUCCCGGCACCAUCACCGAGGAGGGUAUCAAGAAGAACCUCCACAUCGGUCUUGGCUACAUGGAGGCCUGGAUCCGAGGUGUCGGCUGUGUCCCCAUCAACUUCCUCAUGGAGGACGCCGCUACCGCCGAGGUCUCCCGAAGCCAGCUUUGGCAAUGGGUGAAGCACGGCGUCACCACCGCCGAGGGCAAGCGUGUUGACAAGGCUUACGCCCUGAAGCUGCUCAAGGAGUCUGCCGACCAGCUUGCUGCCGCCGGCCCCAAGGGCAACAAGUACCACCUCGCUGCUCAGUACUUCUCUAGCCAGGUCACUGGCGAGGACUACGCCGACUUCCUCACUACUCUCCUGUACAACGAGAUCACCCAGGCUGGUCCCCCCAGCCCUGCUUCCAAGCUGUAA